AUGGAUGCAACAUGUUUUUCUACUAUGGAGAGACUAAGAUUAAUUGGUGUGCAUUUUGAUUGCGUGUCUUUGUUUUGGUCUGAAUUGUUGGAAAGGAAGCCGGUAGAUUACCUAUCCCCAAAAUACCUCAAUAAAACUCUUCCAGAUUUGGUGAGGGUAUCAAAUGAUGGUUUAGUGAUAUUUACUGCUCAGAAAGCAAUAAACCCAAUUGGAUUGGAAAAAGCCGUUGAAGGUAAAGAAAAGGAACAAGAAAACAAUAAGGUGAAAGAAGAGAAGGUUGAAGUUGAAGAAAAGGGCGUGUUAGAGUUGUAUAAGAAAAGCGACAAUGGUGUGAAUGAAGGAAAGGCCACUGAAGGUGAAAAAAAGGGCAUGUUAGAGUUGUAUAAGAAAAACGGCAAUAGUGUGAAUGAAGGAAAGGCUACUGAAGCUGCUCAAAAAGCGCGUGCUACUGCAGUUCUCUCUGAAAAGGGGGGCUUAGUUGUCAAGAAUUUUAUUGCUAUUCUAGAUCCAGUGACAGGUGAGACUGCUGGAGCUUGCUUCGUGGUAAUCAAGAUAAGCGUGGAGAAAGUUUUAACAACCGAGGAGGCUUUAAUAACAGAGGAAAAGGAGGAAGGCAUGGAAGAGGAGGAUGGAGAUUUUUGCGGCAGAGAAAAUGAUUCUGCAGGAGGUCGCCAAAACAAACUCACUCGUGUUGAGUCGUGUUUAAAGUUGAGAUCUGUAUAUUUUGCAACGAAUGUAGAAGGUCUUCCUCCGGAUCGAAUUGUUCCGACUGUGGGAUUGAAUAUUGGUUGGAUUGAAGUGGCAAAUAGAAAACUUGUGUUCUGGGACCUGGGAGGCCAGCUUGGUCUUCGCUCAAUCUGGAAGAAAUAUUAUGAAGAGGAACACGCUGUAGUAUUUGCUGUAGAUGCAUCUUGUCCCUCACGAUUUGAAGAUUCAAAGUCUUCACUUGGUUAG